UAGACUCUCAGUGAAGUCCUCAGCUAACAGUAGACCAAUUGGAAAAAGCUUAAACAAUGAAGAUUGUAUUAUUUGCCCUCCUUAUUGGAGGUGUAUUCGCAGUUAAUGUGCGUACUCAAAACACUGUCCAAGGAAAAGUUGCGGAUAAAGUUUUCUUAGAACGACAGAAGAAUCUAUUAAGACUUCUAAGGCAUGUCCAUCAACCAAAUUCAUUCCAAGAUCAAGUACAACUUGGACAAUCAUGCGAUAUUGAAGCCAACAUUGGUCAAUUUAACAACCCUGUUGCUGUAAAAGAAUUUGUCCAACUACAUCGUAUUGGACUUUUACCACGCAGAGAAGUCUUCACUGUCUUAAAUGAAGUACAUCGUCACCAAGUUAUUGCACUUUUCCAUGUAAUGUACUACGCUAAAACAUGGGAUACAUUCUACAAAGUAUGCUGUUGGGCCCGCGAUCAUGUCAACGAAGGUAUGUUUGUGUAUGCAAUGACCGUCGCUGUACUCCAUCGUCCAGAUUGCAAAGGAAUUGUAUUACCAGCACCAUAUGAAAUUGUUCCACAUCUAUUCAUGAAUCAUGAAACAAUCAAACAAGCCAGAGAAUACCAAAUGCAAAAUUGGGCUUACUUGAAACCUGAAGUGCAACAACGGAUUGUAAAACAAGACAAUGUUUUAGCUGAUAAAUACAAAAAUUGGGUUGGAGUACGUGGAAUUAAACCAACAAUUAAAUCAACUGAAUCAUGGAAAGUUCAAGAACAUUCAUUACCAUCAUUUUUGGAUAUAAUCCGAGGUAACAUUAAAACUGUUCAAAGGACAGUAGUCAAAGGUAGCAGCAUGGGAUUACAAAUUCAAGAUACUGAAGGUGAUAUUCCAGUAGUUAUUAUUCCUGCAAACUACUCUGGCUGGUACUUGGAUAUUGAGAGAGAUCAAAAACUCACUUAUUUUACUGAAGACAUUGGAUUGAAUUCAUAUUAUUGGUAUCUCCAUGUUGAUUAUCCAUUCUGGAUGGAAGGACCCGAAUUUGGUUUAGACAAAGAUCAUCGUGGUGAACUUUUCUAUUAUAUUCAUCAACAACUUCUUGCUCGUUACUACUUAGAACGUCUUUCAAAUAGACUUGGUGAAAUUGAGUGGAUUAAUAUUUGGGAACCAAUGGAACAUGGUUAUGUAUGCACUUUACAACACGAAAAUGGUUUACCAUUCCCAGUUAGACCGAAAAAAGCUAUGCUCAUUUAUGAUGACCAUACAAAAUGGACUGCUGAGAAAAUGGAAAUCUUAGAAAGACGUAUUAUCGAUGCUAUUGACCUGGGAUACAUUUUGGAUAAAGAUGGAAAGAAAGUAUCACUUUACACAAAUGAUGGAAUCAAUGUCCUUGGUAACUUAAUUGAAGGAAAUCCCGAUUCAUUACAUCGUCGUUAUUAUGGAUAUCUCUUGAUUUGGGCCAAACAUCUUAUUGGAUUCUCUGUACAAUCCGUAGAUCACUUGAAACUUCAACCAAGUGCUUUGGAAUUAUACGAAACAGCUAUGCGUGAUCCUAUGUUCUAUGCCAUUCAUAAGAGAAUUGUCCACUACUUCUUCUAUUAUAAGAGAAAUCUUCCAGUAUACACCUAUACUGAUUUAGCAUAUCCAGAAGUUAAAAUUGACAGUGUUGUAGUAGACAAACUUAUAACUUACUUUGAUCACCAUGAUGUUGAACUUAAUAAUGCUAUUUACAACGAUUUCACGGUUGACACUGAAAUUCCAAAAGUAAUCGUUAAAGCCAGACAAAUGCGUCUCAAUCACCGACCAUUCUACUACAGAGUUAACGUUGUCAGCGAAAAAACAACACAGGCAGUUGUGCGUGUAUUCUUAGGACCAAAACACGACGAACAUGGACAUCCAAUUCAUAUCAAUGAAAAUCGUGUUAACUUUGUCGAAUUGGACAAAUUCAUCGUGGACUUGAAAGCUGGCAAAAAUGUAAUUGAACGUAAUUCGCAUGAAGCUCGUCACACCGUACAAGAUCGUACAUCCUAUUACACAUUAUACCGUAAAGUAAUGCUUGCACUUGAAGGCAGUGAAGACUUUGUAUUGGACAACACUGAAGCUCAUUGUGGAUUCCCUAAUCGUUUACUUUUACCAAAAGGUACUCGUUCCGGCAUGGUAUAUCAAAUUUUCGUUAUGGUUACACCAUACCAAGGAACUCAUCAAGUAACUGAAGAGCAAACGUACACAUGUGGUGUUGGAACUGGAUCGCGUUCCAUUGAUAACCUACCAUUAGGUUAUCCAUUAGAUCGUAAAAUUGAUGUAAGUCAAUUCUACGUGCCAAAUAUGCACUUCCAAGAUGUGGUAAUCUAUCACAAAACAUUAGACGAGGUUAUGGAAUUGAACCAAAAUGUUUAAGAGCUAACGCAUUAAUGAUUUCUUAUAUAUUUUUACUUUUUAUA